AUGGCCAGUACACGGAGGUCAGAGUGCUCGCCGCCGGUCAUUGAUGCGUCUCGCGCUCUGGUGGCAUUCGGUACGCGCGCGAUCCCGAAGCUGUUGUCGGAGCUGCAGGCUGAGGAGCUGCAAAUCCGCCAGGCGGCGCUGUGUUCCAUCUGUGACCUGCUGCACGACCCGGAGCGGGCAUACGAGGCCCUGCAUCUCGGUUGUUUAGAGAAACUGAAGGUGUUGCUGAAGGAUGACAAUGGCACGGUGAGGACCAAAACGAGCGAGGUGCUUCAUCAGCUGGUCACACACAGCAUGGGGAGAGAGGCCAUUCUGCAGUGUGAUGCUCUCGGGCCUCUGUCAGAGCUGUUAGAUGAGCCGGAGGACGCCUGCCGUGAGAACAUACACCGCAUCUUAAAGACGUUAUCUGAGUUUCCAGCAGGUGCGGUGUGUAUGAUGUCUCUCGGUUUGGUGCCGAGGCUUGUGAUGAAGGUCUCGGUGGAGUGUGAGAACAUCCGGGAGCUCGUCCUGUCCACGCUCACCGGCUGUAUGAGACUGGAUGCUCUUCCUGCUCUGGCCAGCGAUGCUGUACCCAUCCUGAAAGAGCAGCUGCUCCACCCGUCCACAUGCAUCCGCCGCGCUGCCUCCUCCGCCAUCAUGGCCAUCAGUGUCCCUGCGGAGGGGAAGGUGAGGGUGUGUGAGGUUGAGGUUGUACCCAUGUUGGUGAAGCUGCUCUCUGAUGAUGAUGUGGAGGUCAGAGCCAACGCUGCCAGAGCCCUAAUGUACACCGCUGUCAUCACCGAAGGUAAAUAUCAGGCUCUGGAGGCCGCCGCUGUUCCUCCUCUGCUGGCUUUGGUGGACAGCGAGGAAGAAUCGUUGUGUCUUAGCGCUCUGCGUGCGCUCACCUGUCUGUCCCAGGCCCCGAGCGGCCGAGCACAACUCAUCCACCACCUACCUCAGCUGGAGGCCCGACUCAGCCACCCCGCCUCCAUCAUCCAGAGCGCUGCAGCCACCGCCAUCCAGGUCAUCUCCUGGACGCCCUGA